GCACUGUCAGAUGAGAAUCCCACCAGCCAGAUUUUGGAGAUGCUACGACAACGGCAAUGACAAAGAAGGCAAAGGCAAAGAAAGCGAAGAGGGGAAAGAAGACUGGUACUCCUCGCCGUACACCGUCGACAUCUGCGACAGAUGUUACAGAUGGGAUAUCUUUGGAGGUAGAAAAUGAAAAUGAGCAAGAGACGGGGGCAAAUGCCCCCAAAAAAUGUCCUCAUCUCAAGACCGCAGUUCGCAUAACUCGUUUGUCACGGCAGCUUCCAAGCACCCUUGCGAAAGGGGCUUAUUGCAUGACAUGCAGAAGAGAGCAACAGCGCGCAGCGAAUCAGCAAAAGAAUAAGGCCGUUGUUAACAGCGCAGAAGAUGCUCAAACAUCUUCAGCACCGGCCACUCCGCUGCAUGCUGAUGCAACCGCACUGUGGUUAUGCUUAAAGUGUGGAGAAGUGAACUGUGGUCGAAACGACAAUGCCCACGCUGUAGCCCAUUAUGAUCGCGAGCAGCACGACAUCGCCAUACAUACGCAAACUCUGGAGUGCUGGUGUUAUGCAUGCGACACGGAAGUGAACGGAACCUCAACCCACAAUCUGUUAGUGAUUGAAAGCAAAAAGAUGGUGGAAACCAUCUUAAAGCCGAAACAAACUAUCAAGGAUAUCGUGGGAAAAGAGCCCAGCGCCGCUUCCGGGAAAAAGAAGCGCAAAGCUAUUAUUUCUGCUCCCGGCCUUACGAACUUGGGAAAUACUUGCUUUUUCAAUUCGGUAAUGCAAUGCAUAAACUCUACAAAACUCCUGCAAGUUCAAUUGCAAGCGGCCAUUUCAGAAUCUCGUCUAGUUAAGGGACCUUUCACCGGUGCUCUUGUAAGGUUCCUUGCGUCAAUGAACGCGCAGUUUGCGAGCGGCGGUGGUACUGUCAACCCUAGGGACCUUUUUGGCGCCUUAAGUAAUACCUGGCGCAUAUACCGAAUGUAUGGCCAGCAGGAUAGCCACGAACUAUUGCGGCGAUUGUUGGAUGGCGUGCGCGAGGAGCAACUUCAGAAAGGCGAAGACAACAAGCCUUUGCCCGGGCAACGAACCUUCGUGGACAGGGUAUUUGGCGGAAAACUAUGCCAGCUGAUCGUGUGUGAUGCAUGUAAAAAUGUUUCUUACUCAUUUGAGGAGUACAUGGACUUAUCACUGCCCAUCCUCCAAGACGGAAUCAAGCAGAGUAAAGGCUUCUUUUCCGCGUUUUCGCGUCGCCGAGUCAAGUCACCCGCUCCUGCGUCUUCUGAAGAUAUUGCAACCGAUGUGCUUAAUUCUAUUAUAGACAAGGUGGUCGCCGGGAUAUCCGAUCUCUCCUUGCAAAAUAUGGCAUCACGGUCGCCCUAUGCUAAGGACCCCACGCGGUUACAGCUUAUCGAUACGUUGUUGCGCCCAUUAUCCACGGAGCGUGAAGGAGAGCCUGUGGAGAAACCCGUAACUUUGCGCAGAUGCUUGGUCGAAUUCAUGGCCGUGGAAACGUUGGAUGGAGAUAGUGCUUAUUCUUGCGAUCAUUGUUACAAGUUGAAAUAUGGAGUGUCUCCUGGUGAUGCAAAAGACAAAGACGAGGCCGACCCUAAGACGGAGAGUGAGUCGUCGGGGAGGCGCUCUAGUCAUCUAGACACAGAUGAAGCUCGACAAUCUCUAGGGAACGAAAGCAGCAGUUUAUCGGAAGAGACUUCGGAUACCUCUAAAGAUACACUGCCAGCAGAAGGACCAGCAACAGCAUCAAGCAUGACGCUGCCAAUUGUGCACGGUACUUCUGCUUCGCACACACCGAGCCAAUCGGCUCCAGUAAAGGCGGAGCCCCAUGAAUUUCCUCUGCAAGAGACGGACGGCAGCGGACUAUUGGAGGCCGAGCCUGUCAACCCACUGAAGGAACGUUCUUUGUCGUCCGUAGGGACAAUGACAUCCAGUAGAGGUCCAGACACACGGCUUCCGAGUACCAAUUCGAGCAUCGCCACAUUGAACCAGAUCGCUCUGGAAGAGGAGGACGUGGAUGACAUUGGGUCGGAUGAAGAUACUGCAGAAGGUAGAAGUAGCGAUGGAAGCCCCGUAUCGGACCAAGAAGCAGAUGGAUUGAAUCUGUCUGUUCUUGAUAACUUUGGUAACACAAUGCGACCCGAUGGUGACAGGAGCUCGGAUAUAUCACAAACACCGGAACCCAUAGCAGUCGUUGAGUAUCCCUCCACUAAGCCCGCAAGACCCCCAGUCCGCAGUCGUGCCUAUAAACGCUACCUCCUCCACAGCGUGCCCGAUGUACUGGUUAUGCACCUCAAACGGUUUCAGCAAGUUGGAUUUGGUGGACGGACACGCAAAGUGGAAGAUCCAGUUGCGUUUGAAGAGUAUCUAGACUUGAGUCCCUUCAUGGCACCAGAUGAGGUCGAAGAAGCCGUUCAGGGCAGCGAUACUCAGCCAAUGGGCCGAAGAGAUGGCGGAAGAUACAGAUUGAAUGGGGUGGUGGUGCAUGGAGGCGGGCUUUUUUCGGGGCAUUAUAUUGCAUAUGUGCGCAUUGGCACAAGCACAAACACAUUGGACAGCAUUGCUGUGAAAGAUGAAGCAAACACCGUUGAUUUGGACGAGGAGGCUGUUGAGUGGGUCUACUGCAGCGAUACUCAUGUUCGGCCAAGUUCAUGGGAGGAGGUGGCUCGAUGCCAAGCAUAUAUAUUAUUUUAUGAGCGAGUCCAAGAGAUCGUUGGGCGGUAGGAUACCGUGUAAUAAUAGAAACUGAAUCCUGCAACGGUGAGGUUCGCGUUGAAUUCGCGAUCGCGCG